AGGUACUGGUGUGGCUACAGUUGUUAUGACGUAUUUGUUGUGUACGUACUACAACGUCAUCAUGGCCUGGGCAUUGUUCUAUCUCGUCGCAUCUUUCGUAAGUCCGUUACCUUACGGAACAUGUGGUAACUGGUGGAAUACAGAUAAGUGUUUCUCGUACGAAGACUUGGAGAAUCUUGGUGAAAAUGAAACUCAGCCUAAUAAUAGCAUACCUCCAACACAGGAAUAUUUUGACCACAGAGUACUCCAAAUCAGCUCCGGUUUAGAAGACUUUGGCUCUAUGGUAUGGGAAUUGUUCCUCUUCCUCAGUAUUGCCUGGAUCCUGGUAUAUCUUUGCAUAUGGAAAGGAAUUAAACUGUCCGGAAAAAUUGUGUAUUUUACUGCCACCUUCCCUUACUUUGUAUUCGUUGUACUGCUGAUAUAUGCAUGUACGUUGCCAGGAGCAGUUGAUGGCAUCAAAUACUUUCUACAACCUGACUGGGAAAUGCUACUGGACCCUGCGGUGUGGACGGCUGCAGCGGCCCAGAAUUUCAACUCGAUUGGUAUAGGAUUUGGAACACUUAUAGCCAUGUCUAGUUACAACAAAUUUAACAAUAAUAUAUUUGCUGACGUCAUGACAGUAUCAUUAAUAAAUGCUGGGACGAGCCUGUUAGCAGCGUUCACCAUUUUUGCCAUCUUGGGAUACAUGGCGUACGUUGCUGGUCCGGGCGUGACUGUAGAUGACGUAGUCACUGAUGGUCCCGGUCUUGUGUUUGUUUCUGUACCAACGGCUUUUCCCGAAAUGCCUGCCGGGAAUCUUUGGUUUCUGUUCUUCUUCAUGUUAUGCUGCUUGGCACUGGACAGCCAGUUUGCCAUGACGGAGGUAGUGAUCACAACAAUCAUGGACGCCUAUCCAACAUUGGUAAAGAAAUAUUUGAGGCGUAAAGAACUGUUAGUUCUAAUUGUGGUUGUAAUUGCUUUCUGUGUCGGUCUUCCAACUAUCUUUGAGGGUGGCAUGUAUUGGUUUCAAAUCAUGGAUUGGUACACAGCAGUUAUUGCAGUCAUCAUCAUAGCCACGUUCGAGGUCAUAGCCAUAUCAUACAUAUACGGAGCUGGACGAUUAUCACGCAAUGUCAAAGAAAUGAUGGGUGAACUUCCAAACAUAUUCUUCAGAGUAUGUUGGUGGGUUAUUUCCCCCAUAUUGUGUGGAUUUAUAUUCAUCUCUAAUUGUGCGUCAUAUGAGGUUGUGACGUAUGGUGACUACGUGUAUCCAGACUGGGUGGAACUCUUUGGAUGGAUGGUUACAUCUAUGUCUAUUGUAUGGAUACCACUGGGUAUGGUGCACUCACUCGUCGUGUCCAAGGGAAACUUAAAGGAACGGUUUAUUGAUACAUUGACACCUAAAGUAGAAGAAACAAAGCAACCUGAAGAACUGGAUGAAAAACUGGAUACCGCGAAUGAUAACGCCUCCUUUGAGGAUGAUGAUAUCAAGGUCACUGCAACUAGACUGUAAACUGAUUAAUUUGAAGUAAAUAAAAUUAAAUGUGAUUUUUA